UAUCUCAGGUGCACCCUGACCCUGGCCAUGUCCAGGGGCUCUCAUUCUUACUUCUAUUAUUACCGUGAAGACCUCUACCACGCGGUGCAACGUCUAUACUCUUCUACGAGGCGGGCCGGCAUUGUUACUCGAUCGACGGAACUGCCUUCGUAACGUUAGCAUUGCAGGCCUACUAGUUGGACCUUGCAAUGAAUGAUGAAGGAAUGGAGGGUGAUGCGUCUUCGGGAUCAGAUUUAGAAGAGGAAGGAGACGCGACAGCUCCGGUUGACCGGGUUCAAGUUGAUUUUGAAGCCCGUAACAUUCUUGACAGUGAUCAUGACAGUAUCAAGAUGCUGUUGGGGCAGAUAUUUCCCAAGAGUACAGUUGAUUUAGGACUGGUGACAAAUGUUCUUCUAUCCCAAAAUUAUGUUGGGAGCACCAUUAAGCAAUCUUUGCCAGAAGACAUGGAAGAUGAUGAAGAUGAAGGAGAUGAUGCCACCUUUGGGGUCACAUCUAUCCUCAACCUUACCAAUGAUCAAGGGAAUGAGGGGUUGAAGCAGUUGAAAUCCUUCCUAUUGUCCAAGAGUGCUGAGAAUGCCAGUGACCAGACUCGUACAUUAUUGAAGAAAUCACUGUCCAAUGAAGCAGCACCUGUUGGGUGGAUCAUCAAUGAGCGCUUCAUCAACAUCCCUGCUCAGAUAUCUGUCCCAUUCUUUGAAAGCCUUAUGAAAGAAUUGCAGAAUGCAAAAAGCCGGAAGCUGCUGUCCUCAUUUGCCUAUUAUCUCUUCAUUUGCAAGUUAUACAAGCAAAAUCUCACAACAGGGAUGAGUAAGAAACAGAAGAAAACAAAAGCACAGGGGGAGCCUGUGAAUCUUGUUUGGUCCAAUCCAGAGGAAGAGAUCAUCCAUUCUUAUGCUGUUGGGAGUUUUGACUACAGUGUGGAGACAGAGAAAGAUUCAGCUCUUCAGGGAAAGUGGUCAGAAGAUGAUGAUGAGUUGAUCCCAUUGAGAAGACUUCUGCUAUUGCCUUCUCUGUCAAAAGUGAACACAAGGCAGAGUGAUUACAAAUUCAAAGGUGAAAUGGAUGUUGUAGCGAGGCAGGCUACUGUCAGUCACGAGAAUGCUCAAUUCUUGGAAAUGAAGCAAGAGAAAAUUGCCCCACAAUCAUCCCAUGCCAGGAGAGCAGGAACACUGGGAGAAGUGAGCAAUGUUUUUGACAACAAGGGUCCUGAUUCAACUGGAGAAGGGUCCUCACCCAUAAUGAAGAAUCCCAAUGUCUUGAAUGCAAUUCCUAACAAUGAACUUAAGAAGACUCCAACCCAGGUGAUGAAACCCAAGGAAUUUGAAUCGCAGCCUUCCCAGGACACACUUUUAAAAUCGGAGAUGGAUGAAUUUUCCAAGUCUGAUGAAAUUUCCAACCUUGAUAUUGGAGUUUGCCCAUCGCCUUCCCAGAUUGAAGAUUGUAAGUCCUGGGACUAUGAGGUUUUUGUGGGUGAGUCUGCCAAAGACUGGGAUGCAUUCUUGAAGCCAUGGGAAUAUUUCUGCAUUGCUAGUCCCAAACUCUCUCCUACCAAGACAGACUAUUUGGAUGAUAAUUGUCCUCUCCCUGAGUUGAAUACAUAUGUGCAGAAUGAGUACUUUUUUGAGGAAGAGGCCUUGCUGCCAACCCCUGACUUGGACUUCUAAUCUCCCAAAUUCCUCUUGGCCACAGUUUGUGGUUUCUGAUCUCUUUUUGGUCAAGCUGUCAGGCACAAAAUUCCAGUUACAAAUAAUGUUCUGUGCCUUUGUCACUCAGCUUUCCCCCUCCCCAAUUUUUAUCUUUCUUUUUAGAGAUUGGACUAUUUUUUACUUGAGUGGUGAGUGCUUGAUUGUAUGGUUUUGUAUAGCACCGAAUAAAGAGGGACAUGUUUGUGCCAGAAAAAA